UUUAACGUAAAAACAACUUGGUGCGUAAUAAUUUUAAUGGAUGAAUUUAAGUGUAAUUUUUGUGCAAAAAUCUUUAAUGACCCGGUGCUUUUACCUUGUGGUGAUGCAGUAUGCAGAAAGUGUCUUAAAAGCCAUUUAAAGCUGAACCAUGUUACAAAACACUUUAGCUCAAAUAAUAUUUACUCUGAUGAAGAAAACAAAUAUUUCUGUCCUCUAUGCAAUGCAAAGUUUCGUCUUGCAGAAGGCGUGGACAGUCUUCCAAAGUAUGGAGUGAUAUCUAAAAUGAUUAAUGAGUCGCAUCCACCAAACGAGGGAUGCAAUUAUAACUACUGUUGUGGUUCUCUUCAUUUUCAAAAUGGAACAAAAAAUAAUCACAGGAUUACACCAGUUCAAGAGAAUAGUUUUGAUUGCUAUCAUUUUUGCAGAUAUCAUUCAGAUGAAAAAAAGAAAUUGCUAUGUUUAGAUUGUGGAGUGUGCAUUUGUUUUUUGUGUAAAGAAAUUGGUAACCAUAAGAAUCAUGCCACUGUGCUUGCCACCAAUAGAUGCGAUACAGAUGUGAAUAAACUGUUCAAAAACAAGCAGAGUUGUCAAUACAAAUCUGCAGAAGUCACAAUGAACCUUCAAAAGAUGGAACAGUUUGUAUUUGACAUAAAACAAUCUGGUUUGAUCACAGAGGCUAAUGUUAACCGUGAGUGUGAUCAGCUGAUUAACCUUAUUGAAGUGAACCGUGCAAGAAUGCUUGAGGAACUAGAUAAAAAAUACUGUAGCGUGUUAAAAAUGUUAAACACUAAUUUAGAUGCGUUACUUAUAGACUAUAAUAAUCUUUUGAAAAUACAAGACAUUAUUUCAUAUGCAAUCAGUUGCAAAGACCCUGUCGCAAUUCUUGAAUCUAUGCCUGCAAUUGAUAAAAGAUAUAAAGAACUUACCAGUAAAACUAAUGAAGAUAUUUUACUAUGCAAGAAGUUAAGAAAAGUCAUUCCAUUUAAAGGGAUGGUUGUGGAUUCUCAAUCUUCUAGGAAGACUUUGAAGCGCUUCUAUUGGCUAGCUCCUCCAAGAGCUCCACACUUUCAGAUUGAUGCGUGUAUUAUGGAGAACAACAAAAUACUGCUUGUUUGGAAGCAGUCUGUUGAUAGAAUAAAUAAGUUUUAUUUAGAGAAAAGUAAUGAUGGUAUUGAAUUUGAGCUUAUCUAUGAAGGAGAGAAGCAUUUUUUUGAAUGUGUAAAUUUAAAGUAUAAUGAACAAGUUUAUUUUUCUGUAUAUGCAAGCAACCAAGCUGGAAUUGGAAGUCGUUCAAAGAUGAUAUCAUUUAAAACAUGUGAAGGUUUUACUUUCAAAAUUGAUGAAGCAAAAACUCAUCCAACUGUAAAGAUUUCAAAUGAUUUACUUAGUUUUCAAGUAAAACACAAUGUGGGUUGGGAGAUAAAAAGCACAGAUGGUAGAGAGAUAUUUACUAAUGCUAUUGUCAAAUCUGGAAAACAUCAUUGGCAAGUAAAGGUUGACCACAUAGUUAUGAAAAAAGAUGCUCAAGGAUCAAUUUCUAUUGGUGUUUUAAGUGAUACCAAUACUGAGAAGCAGAAUUCACUUGUCUACAUGUUACAAUUUAAUCGAUCAAAUCUAAAUAAAAAAGACAGUAACAAGUUAAUGAGCUGUAUGGAAUGUCCAUCUGAUCUAAUUGACCAAAAUUUAUCUUUUGUGCUGGACUUGGAUGACAUGUAUUUUGAUGUUUUUAUGAAUGGACAGGUUCAAACACCAAGCUUACUAUCUAAGCAUUCAUUUGAAAAUAUUGAUAAAUGUGGUUACAGUGUAUUUGUCAAUGUGACUAAUCUAUGUGUCAAGAUGUCUUUUAAAAACAGUUUAAAAAUGCCAUUAAGUCCUCCUGAUUCUCCAAUUUUUUUCGAGGAAGAAUGCCAUUCGAUUAACUUGGGUAUUUCUUACAAAUGGAUUUCUAAUGGAACAGAUUGCUACUAUCUUGAAAUUGUCAAAGAUAAAAAGAGAUUUGGAGAAGUUCAACCUGUUUACAGAGGCACAAGUGGGUAUUUUUUAUAUGAAUCUGAAAACUACAACGAAACUAUUUAUGCCAGACUUUUUGCAUUAAAUAUUGUUGGUAUGAGCCCUCCAAGCAAAAUUGUUACUGUGUCUACUUCUAAUGGCAUCGUUUUUUCAUUUGAGCAAGUAAAAGAAAAAAAUCUUAUAUAUUUGGAUGAAAAUCGUUCUGUUGAAUACUCAAGUAACAUACCUGUUCUUUUGUUUGGAAAUUAUAUAAUUAAUAGAGGUAUUCAUUUUUGGCGAUUUCAAUUAGAGCAAGUUAAAGGAAAGUGCUCUAAAAUAGGUUUGGGUUUGGCAAAGUAUGGCAUUUUGAAACAAGAUUAUGGUUUAGCAGAUUCUUGUGUUAUUAUGGUUUCUAAAGUACCACAAAAUGAUGCCUUCUGUCAAACCAUUUAUAUAGCUGAUAAAUACUUGAAUCAAAGUGAAAUUGCUUUCUUGGUUGAUAUGAAUUCCAGAAAAUUAUAUUGCUACUUUAAUGGUAUCUUGCUAAUUCAGAAAAAGGAUUUGCAAUUUAAUGUCAAUCAAAUCUGUUCAUUUGUUGAUGUACCAACAAACGUUGUCCCAUGUUUAUUGUUAGUAGGAAAUGUGAAGGUUUCUUUAAAAUGCAAUCUUUCUGUUCCAACAGUGCCAGCCCCGUCUUUCUUUAAAUAUUUUGUAUGCGAAAAUAUUUCUUGUCACUAUGAGUGGGCACCGUCGAGUCGAGCUGGCUCUUACACUAAUUAUUUUAUUUUAAAAGUUGCAGUUUUAUCAGCAACUACAGAACAAUUACCAAAAGAUGAAAAGUUUAAAAUAGUUUACAAGGGAUCCCGCACUAAUUAUGUUCUUCAUCCGGUUAAAUAUAAUAGUAAGAUUAUAGCGACAGUAAUAUCGGUUAAUUAUGCAGGUGAAAGCAUGGAAUCAGAACGUGUAAUACUUUACUCAGCCAAAGCUUUUCGAUUCAAGUUUGACAGCAACGAGAAAUCAGAAGUGUUGGAAUUGGAAAAUGACGGGUAUACCGUUUUAUUAAAAGUACGCGUUCACAGCUUUGCUCUUGGGAGUGAGUUGAUUAAAGUUGGUUUUCAUUCUUGGAGCAUUCGGAUUGAUGAGUUUUUUGAUAAUAAUCGCAUGUCUGUCGUUGCUAUUGGAAUAUCGAAGUUGCAGUUAAAUGAUCCUAUUCUUGGUGAAGAUGAUUUUACCUAUGCCGUUCAAAUAAUAGAGCAUCCUAAAGUAAUUCUUAGUCAUACCAAACAUCGGUAUCAACUAAGAAUGGAUAAAUCGGAAGCAUGUGGUUUGGUGGUUACGGUAGACGUAAAUCUAGAUGAGCAUUGGUUAAACAUAUAUCUCAAUGGAACUCGUGUUAUUAACGACGUUGACGAUCACGGCAAACCAACAUUUGAUUGCGUUUAUGGGGAAUUUUAUCCCGCUGUUAGUUUGUACGGUAGCCGUGUUAAACUUUCUAUAGUAAAUAAUUGAAAGUAUAAAUUCAAGCUUUUAGUAAGUGCAUUAGCAAAGUAGUUAGUGCACGUGAACAAUCCACGUUAAGAAAUACAUAUGAUUUAAAAUGCCAUA